AUGUUACCAACUGAAAUAUAUAAUGAAAUAAUUAAAAAAAUUGCCAUAGAUUCUAAACAAUUUUUAUUAGAUUAUUUAGAUAUUGUAGAUGUACUAAGCGAUGAGUCAUUCUCAAAUUUUAGUUUCAUUCUUCAACUAUUUCUAGAAAACUUUAAUAAUCGUAUUGAUAUAAUUGACCUUACUAGUUCCAUCGAUAAUUCACCCAUUAUAUUAAGGUUGAAGAAAUUUUUUACAAUCAAAUCAUUUACUACUACAAAGAAAGAAAAGCUUAUAUUAUUAAUAAAUGAUAAUACCUUAUAUUAUUAUAGACAUGAAAUAAAUUUUAGGGAACUUUUCACCACAAAGAUUUUCCCUGCAGAUGAUAUAACAGACACUUCAAAGUUUCUUUUUGAUAUUAUAUAUUGUCCCUCUUUAACAGAAUAUAAAAGUAGUAUCAAGAGUGGAACAGAUGAUCUUAAAUGUGGGUACAAGUUUAGAAAACUGUUUUGUAAUGAAUUUGGUCAGAUUGUUGUUCCAGAUUUGUUGAAUUUCUUAUCUUUUUUUCCUUCUAAUUUUGUUCUAGAUAAUUUAAUUAUUGAUUUUAAUUAUGAAAGAAUACUACUAUCUAAGGACUUAUUAGGUAUCCUAUCUCCAAACUCUUUUGAUGUCGAGAACCAACUUUUCUGUAAAGAUGAAAAGGAUCAAAAAAAACUUUAUAAAGAGAUAAUUCCACAAUGUAAACAGAUUACUUUUUCUUCUGUUACAUACUUAUUAAUGGAUGAUAAAAUAAAGGAUAUUAUAGAUUUUUCUUCAUUACGUAUACCAAAUAUGUCAACUAUUGAUUCAAUGGGCGUUCAUAAUAGAGAAAUAAGAAAUAGUGGGAGUAUUAAUUUAAAUUUAAAUACAGGUUACCAAUAUUCAGAUUCAUAUCUAAAUUCAAAGUGCUCUGAUGAAGUACAUGAUUUUGUUCAGUUGUAUAUACCAGAUUUGCAAGAUCAAAAGUUUUAUAAAAACACAUGUUCUAAUGUUUGCACACAAAAAAUAAUUUACUAA